UUUGUUGUCUGAAUAAAAAUCCGUGGCAGCUCCAGGGAGAGAACUCCUCCUACUAAAUUAUCAAAAAUGGGCUGGCUUUAGUCUCUUAACAAAUUGGACACAGCUACGGCAGGAGCAGUCCCCAACCCAACCUACAGGCACUGGGAACUUGCAAGCAGCCAGGGACCGCUGAAAAUAGCACUUCUUUUUCUUUCUUUGUGUUCGAAACUAUUUUCUUUCUUCGCCAGAUUUUGUUUUCCUCCCCCCGCUGCAGUGUUGUUUCCCAUUAGUAAUUCGAUCUCUCAGAGCAGUAAGAUUCGCCUUCUUCGUCUCCUUUCCCCUCCGCCCCUGUUUGUUUGUUUUCUGCACAUCUCCUUCAGGGAGACGCUGGGGUUCCCCCCCCCCCUUCUUUUUUUCUUUUCCGAGCAGACCAAUUUCCACUCCGUCUGCCUCUUUCUUCUUCCCUCUCUCCCUCUUGCCCUCUGUCCCGGAGCGCCUCUGCGCUCCUCCAACACGCAGCUCUCUGCGGUCCCUUCUGCUUCUUCACUCGGAUGAGCUGAGAGCCGCGGGCGUGUGUAUAUGGAAAUAGUGGGGUGCCGAGCAGAAGACAACUCGUGUCCUUUCCGUCCCCCAGCCAUGCUCUUCCACGGGAUCUCCGGAGGCCACAUCCAAGGUAUCAUGGAGGAGAUGGAGCGCAGAUCUAAGACCGAGGCCCGCCUGGCCAAAGGCGCUCAGCUCAACGGCCGCGACGCGGGCAUGCCCCCGCUGAGCCCCGAGAAGCCCGCUCUCUGCGCCGGCUGCGGGGGCAAGAUCUCGGACAGGUACUACCUGCUGGCUGUGGACAAACAGUGGCACCUGAGGUGCCUGAAGUGCUGUGAAUGUAAGCUGGCCCUCGAGUCGGAGCUCACCUGCUUCGCCAAGGACGGUAGCAUUUACUGCAAGGAGGAUUACUACAGAAGGUUCUCUGUGCAGAGAUGUGCCCGCUGCCACCUUGGCAUCUCCGCCUCCGAGAUGGUCAUGCGCGCCCGAGACUCAGUCUACCACCUGAGCUGUUUCACCUGCUCCACGUGCAACAAGACCCUGACCACGGGCGACCAUUUUGGCAUGAAGGACAGCCUGGUGUACUGCCGCGCCCACUUCGAGACCCUCUUGCAAGGGGAGUAUACACCGCAGCUGAGCUACACCGAGCUGGCGGCCAAGAGCGGCGGCUUGGCCCUGCCUUACUUCAACGGCACUGGCACCGUGCAGAAAGGGCGGCCCCGGAAGCGGAAGAGCCCAGCGCUGGGAGUGGACAUCGUCAAUUACAACUCAGGUUGUAACGAGAACGAGGCAGACCACUUGGACCGGGAUCAGCAGCCUUACCCACCCUCACAGAAGACCAAGCGCAUGCGCACCUCCUUCAAGCACCACCAGCUCCGGACCAUGAAAUCCUACUUUGCCAUCAACCACAACCCGGAUGCCAAGGACCUCAAGCAGCUUGCUCAGAAAACAGGCCUCACCAAAAGAGUUUUGCAGGUUUGGUUCCAAAACGCACGAGCCAAAUUCAGAAGGAACCUUUUGCGGCAGGAGAAUGGGGGUGUUGAUAAAGCUGAUGGCACGUCGCUUCCGGCCCCGCCCUCAGCAGACAGCGGCGCUCUCACUCCACCCGGCACAGCGACCACUUUAACAGACCUGACCAAUCCCACUAUCACUGUAGUGACAUCCGUGACCUCUAACAUGGACAGCCACGAAUCCGGAAGCCCCUCACAAACUACCUUAACGAACCUUUUCUAACAUUGGUUUUUGUUUUUGUUUUUGUUUUUUCAUUCUUCCUCUUCUUUUUAUUAUUAUUCUAAUUAUUAUUAUUUUAUUAUUUACAAGAGUUUUUUUUUUUUUUUUUCUAACCCACAAGAUAUUUGGGAAAUAAAAGCAACAGCUUGGUGUGUAGCAUCUGCAGCCACUUGGCAAAUGAGUUUACAGAAUUGUCUCCUUUACAAAGUGUUUUUUUUUGUUGUUGUUGUUUUGGUUUUGUUUUGUUUUUUGUUUUGUUUUGUUUUUGUCUACAAUGUGUAUUUGGAUUUUUUUUAAAAAAUUAAUUAGAGCUUUCAGUUGGUAAGGAGAGUUUUUGAAUUAUUCUAAUAAGUGCCUCUUAAAAUUGUAUGUUACUUAUUUCCAGAAUCUCGAAGAAAAAAAAAAAAGUGGUAUGAUAAUGGGCAAAUAAUCAUAUUCCCAAUUAAAUGAUUAGGUUAAUAAAGAAUCAGAUAAUUAAAGUUAUUUUUUAAAUCUUGCGAUUGUAUGUAUACUUAUGGAAUUUUGAAAACUUCACAUUGUUUUUUUUUUAAUUUUAAAAGUGAAAAAAUGUUUUGAUUAUUCUUUCAUCUUACAAAUGAGGAAUGUGAUUAAACAAAAAGCAUUAACUAUAGCAGCUCUAAAUAUUAAAGAUUAAUUAGGUGAGAAAUCUGUUCUAGCAAUGUGACUUUUCCUUCUUUUUAGGGGUGUACAUCCCAGGUACACUUGUUAGUUAUUUGCUUUUCAUCAUUUGAAAAAUAUUUAAACUCCCUGUGUAUCUAUGAAAAUUCCAUAUAGAGAUUGAAAUUCUAUACUUUUAACCUAAAGCUAAAAAUGAUAGUUCUAAAACCAUUCUUUCUAAAUUAAUUUUUUUUUCCUAGGGAAAAUGGAAAUAAGCAAAAUAUAAUUUUUUAAGAAGUUAAAAAAAUCAGUAUAAUUUAAUUAAUAGCUCUAUUAAUUGGCUUCAGCUGUACCAUGAUAUUGUAUCUGGCAUUCUAUAUGAAUUAUGUUAAAAAAGAAAACCUUAGUAGACUAAUAUCGACAAUGAGAAUUCUUUGGUUUGUUUUGCUUUAUUUUACUUUGGCAUAGGUUGAUAUAUUUGUCAGAAAAAAAAAAAACUUUUCUGGCAUUACAGAUUUAAAGUUAUUAGUCUUAAAGUAGAUAAACUCAGAAGCCUCGUGGAUGCUGAUCUGAAUAUAUUUCCUAGUUUACAGUAGCAUUAUUUUUCUUUUAAUUUAAGCUAAAAUCUUAAUGGUCUGGGCAGUGGUGAAUGUUCAUCUAUACGCUUCUGUUGUAGUUAAAUACCAAUUAGAUUGUGGAUUUCCUAAAAAAAAUAAAAAAGAAGUCAAGAUAUAUGUCUUGCUUUAGUGGAUUGUUAAGAAUAACUUUGCACAUAUUCUCCACUUUUUGGACCCCUUAAAUCUCCUUUGGUGGUCGAAGUGGCUAUUUAAUAGAUUUUAAAGGUGUCCUUCUGGCUGUAUAAAUGUGUGGUUACAUAUUGACAGUUCACUGCCCACAUUAAAGUGCAUUAUUGUAACUUUUGCUCAGGGUCUUUAGAAAAUUAGCACAGAAAGUAGCUUAUUUUUUAAAAAAAAAAGAUGAUGGAAGAUAAGUUAACACUGUAACAGAAGAAAGGUGUGAUUGCCAUUAUAUAUUUAGCAAGUGUGGUUAUCAUCUUAUAUGGAGCUUAAAUCUUGACUUUUCAUAUUUCUAUUACAUUUUGGGCAUUUACCACUAACCAGACCAAACAACCUUGGUAAGGCUGAGAUCUUAUUAAUACACUUUUACAGGUAAAAUAUGGAUACAUAUAAAUUUUGUUCUUUGACAGAACAAUGUAUGGUACUAUAGAUCUACUUUAUUAAGUAGACUAAUUAUAACUCAGUUCUCCUACGUGCCUUAUGAUAUAACUUGGAAGUGAGUUUGUGAAAAAUCAGGAUAUAUGUGUUGUUUGUUAAAUUAACUGUUUUAAGCCCUUUUGACACCUCACUAGUUUUGUACUGUUUUACCUCUUAUUUCCGAAACUCUUUUUAUGGUGUAUCCUGUUAGAGGGGACAGACAUGUCAUAGAAAGCAGUUGUGCACUCUUUCAAAUAUAGUUGAUAAAUUCAAUAAUCUUAUAUAUUGAGCUUCGUGUUUAUAGUACAGUAAGUGGUCUAGCAAAAUUGUCCAUGUUUCUUUGUUUAUUGAUAAAUGCAUUGUAUAGAAACUAUUUCCCCUAAAUAUUUAUGGACCAAACAAUUGUGAUAUAUCCUAUUAAAUUUGUGUGAAUAAACCA